UCCUGUACUUGGAAAGUACCUGAAGUCUAAUUAUGCUCCAUGUACAGUUUAUACUUUAUUUUUUUUCUUAAGAAAAACUACAGUAUUAUUGUUUGUAGGUGAAAGAUAAAGAUUUAAAGGUCUACAAUAUGUACCUUUGAGAAUACCUUUCCCAGGGAUGAGAAAAUCUACAGCUUAAUACUAUUUUUCUUUCUGAGUGUACUUAUUCACUUUCGUCCAAAAGUAUCGGAACAGCCAGAUUCUUUCUCUUUUCUUUGGGCUGUACAUAGACACAUUUGGCUUUGUGAUCAAAAGAAGCUGAAUCGUGAGUGUUAUUUGCUUCAUUUUAGUUUAUGAUUCACUUUCACUCACUGAAAAAUCGCCCCCAGCAGAGCUGCCACACUGACGUUGUUUGACACAUCUAGAUGUAGAGAUCAGCAAAUGCAAGCUGAAGAUCUGAUCCAUCUGGUCUCAUACUCAUCUUGAUGUCAAACCCAAAUGACACUUACGGACAUCAAUAGCAAAAACAUUGGCCUUGCCAUUCCAUUAUGUAGUAGUGAUCCUUUCGCAAAAAGUGUGAUGUAAGCAGAAGGAAUUUCUCAACAACUCUGUAUGGGGUCUUGCUAAGAAGCAGCAGCCAAUCAGAAGCCUCGGAGGUUUGGUGACUCUAAGCUGUACUGCUAUGCUAGAGCGGCCAGGGUAACGUCCGUACUUCAGCAUAAAGUGACUCCUAGUGAAGUGAAGUCAGCUCAUUCAGUCUCCAGUAAAGGUAAUGUACAGCAAAGAGAAUGGGCGUCACAGAUAAACACACAGUCACGGAGGAGGCUGCAAACUGGCCUGCUGAGGUACAUUUCCAUAAAAUAAACCGCCGUAGGAUGAGAAGAAGUCAGUCUCCAUCCCGUGAGGUUUCUCCGGUACCAUCGUACUUCUCGGAACCGGUUUCGUUCAGGAAGCGUAAGGAUGUAACUGCAAGACUGCCUCAUCUCAUUAAUGAAGCUCAUCAGGACGAAGAUGAUAAUGACGACAUUCAGAGUUUAAAAAGCCUUCCCACUGUGAUGAACACAUUAACCCCUGACCCGAAAGUUAACAGGUCACACACGAGCCGCAAAGGACAAGGCGUCUCUGACUCGAGCCUUCCGCUUCUGCUCACGUCCAAAUGUACUCUGGUGGUAAAGGGUACUGGAUGUACUCGCACCAGGGGGUUUCUUCCUGCCAUCAAAUCCACGGUUCUGGAGAGGCCACCAUGCCGAGCUGGAUGCAGGCCAGACAAUGUGGAAAUAGAUUCAACUCGGCAUCCUCACCCGGUCAGUCAUCCUCGGUAUGCACCUCUCAGUGAGAGCCGUCCUCCUGAAAAGGCCUGGACUAUAAAAGCGAGCUGUCAGCACCUGCCCUCAUCCUCCUCUAACAAAGUGUCCCUGGGUUCCCGAAUCACAUUCCAGAGUCCAGUGGUACAGGGCGUCUAUCCCAUCACUCCUGACUUGAUGAAAGAGAGCAGACACAAUGUGCAGGAUUGCCGGCCUCUAAGGCCUGUGUUAAAGAGAGCACAGGUGCUGAACCAAGGAGCUCUUCACUGCCUUUUAGAGAAAAGCUACCUCCCCUGCUCAAACAAUCCACAUUUGCUUGAGCCGUUUUCAGGCUUUGAGGCACACCUUUGUCAUCAGCUUCUUAACUCCCCCUUGCCCCGCCGUGCAGCUCUGCCACAUGUCAACUCUCAUCACCUCUUACAACUAGAAGCCAUGCUGCCUGUGCCUCAGGGGCUAGGCAGUUCCCUGAUGCAGCGCACUGUGGAGCUCUGCAACCCGCAAGGGAGACAACUUCCCAGCAUCACCAUGACCUGUCCUACUCCUUCCCCUAAACACCUGCACAACACGGAAAACAGGCAUGUAGCUUGAGUGCAUGUUUUUCAUUGGAAAAUUAUGACCCCUUUUCACUGCCUUGCGCCUCAACAGUCCCCUCCAAAAGUUUUGGAACAGCAAGUCCAGCUCUUUUUCUUUUUGCUAUACAUGGAAAUCAUUUGGGUUUGAGAUCAAAAGAUGAAAAAUUGUAGCUUUCAUUUCCUGAUAUUUACAUCUAGAGUGUGGCACUUUUUUGGCAGACCACAUCAUUUUUUAGGGGAUCCUCUGUAUUAGAGCAAUAUCCCUUAUUUUCAGUAACACCAUUGUAUCACUGACAUCAAAAAUUGCAUGCAACAGAGCACAGCUGUUUACCUCUCAGCAUAACGUCACCCACUACAUAAGCCACAUAAAUAGUUAAAUGGAAUCCAGCUGUGAUUUGAUCUCAGUAUUAAUACGCUUAUUAUUGGAAAGUCUCAGAGUAUAUCAGAUAAAAUAUCUAAAGUAACAGCAUCAUAAAGAUGAAGGUGCGAUCAAAAAAGCCUUGGACAAAGUUCUGGAAAAGUACUAUAUCCGGGUUCGGUUAUGAAAUAUAUCCCAACCUCUGAUGCUGCCAUGGAGGACCAUUAAAUCUGAAUACAGAAGUUCUGAGACUCUGCCUAUAAGAGACAACCCCAAAAAGUCGGUGAUUAGUUAAAUAACAAUCGUGGAGCAAAGACUUCAGGUUGUAAUAUUCCAGUAUGUGGAAAAGUUCAAAGUGGUAGAUACUUAUGUAAGCCACUGUAUAACCUUUUCAUCUUCAUCAAAGUAUCCAGUGAGCCAUUGGGUCAUAUGCCCACUGUCUGCUUUGCAUACACUCCCUGAAGAACCACUAUUUCACUUGGUAAAUAAUGCUGUCUUCUUUCUAAACAGUAAGCAUAACAGGCCAUGGGUUUAUUUAACAAUUUCUCCUUUGUACAUUUGCUAUGCAGGGGAAGAUCUUGUAAAGUGAAUAAAUCAUAAUUAAGUGACUGAUUUCACAGCUGCAUUAAAACUGCUCAUACAAAUUCCACCUACUUGCCUGGCGCUACAAAGAGCCACACAGGACAGGAUUUAAUCCACCUCUGGGAACUGUGAAGAAGUGACAAAUAUCAUUACAGCAAUGCUGAGUAGUCAGCGGAGAGAAAACCAGACUGGAUGUAAGAACACAAAGCUUCUGGCUCAGAACUCUAAACUUUAAACCGUCUCAUAAUAUUACAAUUUCAUUUGGUAAUUUCUUUUAAUCCAGCCCCAGGACGUCUUUUCAUGUGUGAGGCCAUGUCUAUAUUUCAGGCUCACUGAUGUUCAGAUAAUCUUUAGAUAGAACAUUUACAGUGUCUUCCAUAAGUAUUCACUCUCACUGAAUUUUUUCACAUUUUGCAGUGUUAUAACCUGGAAACCAAAACAGAUCGAGUGAGUUUGGUGUGGAGGAACUUGACUGUCCUGACCUCAACCCGAUAGAACACCUUUGGGAUGAAUUGGAGCGGAGACUGUGAGCCAUUCUAAAACUGAGAUGUCUGCCUUUACAUGCACAUGAAUGUAAUAUGGAGUGGCCCUUUGCAGCUAUAAAAGCUUCAACUCUUCUGGGAAGGCUUUCCACAAAGUUUAGGAGUGUGUUUAUGGGAAUUUUUGACCAUCCCACUAGAAGCGUAUUUGUGAGGUCAGGCACUGAUGUUGGACGUGAAGGCCUGACUCACAGUCUCCACUCUAAUUCAUCCCAAAGGUGUUCUAUCAGGUUGAGGUCAGGACUCCACACAGUUCCUCUACACCAAACUCGCUUAUCCAUGUCUUUAUGGACCUUGCUUUGUGCACUGGUGUGCAGUCAUGUUGGAACAGGAAGGGGUCAUCCCCAAACUGUCCCCACAAAGUUGGGAGCAUGAAAUUGUCCAAAUGUCUUGGUAUGCUGAAGCAUUUAGUUCCUUUUACUGGAACUAAGGGACCGAGCCCAACCCCUGAAAAACAACACCUGAAAUUAAUUAUUUGGAGGGGUGUCCCAAAACUUUUGGCAAAAUAGUGUAUGUCAUGAAUGUACAUAAAAUAAGUGAGAAGGUAGGAAAAAUCUAUUUAGGUUGACAAGGGGUAAAGAGUAGCACUGAACAUGAUGCUACCACCACCCUGCUUCACUGUGGGGAUGCUGUUGUCAUUGUGGUGAUCAGUGUUGGGAUUCUGACAAAUGUCAAGCCAAAAACGUUGUUCUUAUCAGACUAGACAGCAUAUUUCUACAAGCUUUGCUGAGUCUCCUACCUUUUUUGGCAAACUUCAAACAGAAUGUCAUAUUCUCUUCUAUAAAGCUUGCUUCAGGAUGUUCAAAGUGUGGGAUAUGCAUAUAUAUUUUUUCCAUUCUAUCCAUGACGGAUGGUUUUCCAGAAUUUGGUCUUGAUUGAUCUUCCAGGUCAUUACGAUGCUCUGAGCUGUCAUAUCAUUUCAGAAUCUUCAGCCCCGGGAGGUCUUUAUGUACAGGCCAUGUGUGUGUAGGAGGCUUUCAGUCUGCAGCUUGUUAAAGGAAGUCAAUAAGAGACAACAGGACGUGUAGGAAGGCGAGCUAUUUUAUACCGUGACGUGCAUCUAUCAAGGCGUUCAGGCUUUCAGCCAUUGCAGCGAAGAUUCUUCGUCAAUGUCACUAAAAAGACUGUAAUUAUUUUCUCGGCUCUCUCUGAGUAAAAUCAAUGUAGACUGCUGAGUCAGACGUUAUGCCCCAGGAGAGGCUCUCGAUCAGGACCUUCUGUUGCCUUGAGUUCUGCAUGGAGUGGAUGGUUGUUAUCAUCAACUGCUUAUAGAUUUACUUUCUGACCAAGGCUUUGAGCCUGGUGAUAAAAAAAACAAAAAAAACGUUUGUAUCCUGAAAAAACUACAAAUGCAUGUGAUUGAUAUAUUUAGAUAUAUGACUGCUUGUAUCUCUGGUGAGAAAAGCAUGAAAUCCUACACAAUAUGUGUAUCACCUAAAUAAUCAGAAAAUGGGGUUUGGUGGUUUGUUUUGUUAGUUUAUCUCUUGAAAGUAUGUCCAAAAUUUUUAUUUUCCAGUUAUAUUUCCUUUUUGAGACGUUUUGCUCAUUGAGUAAAUAAAAAGAUAAGUUAAAAACAAUAUACUUAUUCUUUGUUUACAUAGAAAUGGGCAUUUUUUUGGUUUUGAUUCUGUCCACUGCAUGUGACUUUCAAGUGUCAACUCUAUCCUCCAUGUUUGGAGAUGCAUACAGGAAUUUUUAGCCUUUACUAUAAACAGUCUCCUGACUGUCCAGUUGCUUCCAGGCUACACAACACAUCCAACAAUGUUUUUAGUGGUCAAAUGUUAUGAGAAAAAAAGCUUUACUCAUGUCCAGUCAAGGCCAAUCAUAAUAUUAAAGGAGGUUUGAUGAAGUUAGAAUAAUAAUAUUAUUAUAAAAACAUCAGGCUCAGUCUUUUGGCAAAGUGUGUAAUCUUGCCAUGUCUCUAUGAAAAGCAAGCCCAGUAAACAAACAAGCUGGCCAAGUGUACGAGUCUGUCAUCGAUCCCUUCUAGUAAAAUGUACAAACUGUUUGCUUAUCGUUUCUCCUCUGACUGCAUUUUGAAAAAAAUCAAUGAUUAAGAGAGUCAUCCACCUCACUCAUAAUUAUUACAGCCAAUACUGUAUUGCUGUAUUAUGUUAUAUGUCAUGACUGUACACAAAAUAGUCCAGAAUACUAAAAUGGUAGGGGAAAAAAAUCUAUUACUUUGCUAAAAAGUCACUGUGGAGAUGGUGUUCUUAUUGUGAGAAACAAUGUCAGGAUUCUGUCAAAACGAAGCAUUUUGUGUCCAAAAAAUCUCAAUUAUGUUCUCAUCAUUUUUCUACAUGAGUCUUCUUUAUUUUGGCAAUCUGAAUUUCACACAGAAUUUCAUAUCCUCCCCCAAAAUUAUAAGAGAUUAUAAUUCUUACACUCACUAUUAUAUUGCUUUACACUGAUCAGGCAUAACAUUAUGAGCAGUGACAGGUGAAGUGAAUAACACUGAUGAUCUCCUCAUAAUGGCACCUGUUAGUGGGUGGGAUAUAUUAAGCAGCAAGUCAACAUUUUGUCCUCAAAGUUGAUGUGUUAGAAGCAGGAAAAAUGGAGUAAGGAUUUGAGUGAGUUUGACGAAGGGCCUAAUUGUGAUGGCUAGACGACUGGAUCAGAGCAUCUCCAAAACUGCAGCUCUUGUGGGGUGUUCCCGGUCUGCAGUGGUCAGUAUCUAUCAAAAGUGGUCCAAGGAAGGAACAGUGGUGAACCGGCAACAGGGUCAUGGGCUCACUGAUGCACGUGGGGAGUGAAGGCUGGCCCGUGUGAUCCGAUCCAACAGACGAGCUACUGUUGCUCAAAUUGCUGAAGAGGUUAAUGCUGGUUCUGAUAGAAAGGUGUCAGAACACACAGUGCAUGACGGGUCAGGGCUGUUUUGGCAGCAAAACGGGGACUAACACCAAUAUUAGGCAGGUGGUCAUAAUGUUAUGCCUGGUCGGU